AUGGAAUGUGGAGGAAGUAUUAAUAUUUUUGAUCUGGAUACAAAAAUUUAUCCACCUUGUAAAACAUUUUAUGAUGCUGGAGAAAGAUCAAGGCAAUUAUUUGAAAAUAUUUCUCAUAUUAAUCAAGUUUCAUUAGUUUUAUUAAUAUUAAAUAUAGAUCUAAAUAAAACAUCACCAACAAUAAACUUAAUUGGUGAAAAAACAUUUGGAGAUUUAAAAAAUUAUUGUUCUUUUAAUAUUGAUUUUCAAGAUAUUAAUGGAAAUAAAAUCAAAGAGUCAGAAAUAAAGAAAAAACCAUUAUUAAUAAUUGAUGGGAAAUCAGUUUCAAGAUCAUUUAUAAAAUAUGUUGGAUUUGAAAAUAAUACUUUAUGUAAUAAAAAAUUAAUAUCAAUUAAUAAUUUAUUAUUCAAAGAUUGGAGUUCAACAUUAGUAUUUUCAAAUUCAUUACUAAAUAAACCUUAUCAUUCUUUAGAUUUUUAUUUUUCAUCAAUAACAACUACUGGUUCUUUUAAAUUUAUUGAGUCUGUAGAAGCAAACUAUACAGAGGGUGAUUUACCUGCAAAUUUUAUUUUUAAAGAUUGUCAUUUUGCAAAUGUUACGAAUCAAUAUCAAACACCUUUGUUUUAUAUGUAUUUUAAUAAUAUUAGUUUUGUAGAUACAGUUUUGGAUAAUAUGAAAUUGGUUUAUUCACCAUUUUAUUUAACAAUGUCAACUUUAGUAAUGGAAAAUUCCAUUAUUAACAAUAUUGAAUUGAUAACAAAUGAGGAUUUACCAAUAGUUAAUAUGAAUGGGUUUGUAAUUCAAUUUUAUAAUUUACAAUUUACAAAUAAUAAAAUAUCGACAUUUUUUAAAGGAUAUUUCCCAAAAAGACCCUCACAACCAAGGGAUCCGAAUAUAUUUAGGAAUUGUUUAUUUAAUAAUAAUAAUAUAAUUUCAAAAUCUUCAAAUAGUUUUAUAACGAUUUCAUUAUUUCAAAUUAUGGAAUCAAUUUACUUAUCUUUGGAAAAUACAAUAAUUUCAAAUAAUACAAUAAAUGGAAAAAUGUCCUUUCUAUCAAUUGAUAAAUCUUAUGAAAUAAAAUUUAAAAAUUCAACAAUUCCAAAUCAAUUUUCAAGUGCAAUUAUAAUGGAUAAUGGUUUUAUUGAUUUAAAAUCAAAUUCAAGAAUUGAUACUCAAACAACAAUCAAAGGAACAAAUAAUUUAAUAACCAUUGAUAAAUAUUCAUCAUUAAAUUUAAAUUUAGAAAAGUUUAAAAAAGAUUGUUUAAAAUGUAUAGUUAAUCUUUUUGACAAUAGUGAAAACAGCGAUGAUUUAGUAACAAAAAAUAAUAAAAUUCAUAAAUUUGAUAGAGGUGAUUUGAUUAAAAAAAUAAUUGUUCCAGUUUUGAUUUGUUCAAUUACAAUUUCUAUAUUUAUUUUGGUGGCCAUUUUUAGGAAAAAUAUUAAAUUGUAUUUUGAAAAUCUUAAAUCUCCAAAUAAUGGUAAUGUUAGUAACAAUAGUAUAAAUAACAAUAAUAAUGUAAAUGGUAAUUAUUUAUCAGAUAUAAUAGAAUACGAAUAUGGAGAAUCAGUUGAAGGAUUAUUCUCUAAUCAAACAUCGUGUGAUAAUCCUCAUACAUGUCCAUCAAGUUCAAGCCAUAUCGAUCAUAUUUCUGUGCUUGAUAAAAAUAACGAUGCUCCAGAAUUAGAUAAUAAUGUUUAA